CAUGAUUUUUUUCACUUGAUUAAUUCGUUGGUAUCUGCAAUUACUCGAUCUAAAUUUUUGGGCAAGUGGGAAUCUGCUGGCGAGCUGCUGAUUGCGGAAUCUUUGAAUGAUCCGGCCACUUUUUUGGUUAGGAAUGUGAUCUCUAUUUGGUGCAUGUUGUAGUUGACAUAACGCAUGGCCUUUAAAUGGCGGCAUUUGUUUGUGACGGUGGAAUACUAGUUAGUAACUUGCGCUGGACUUUUUUUUUCUUUGGACUUCAAAUGCAGUUUGAUUUGAAUUUAGGGGACACUACUGACUGUAAUGGUAACAUCACAACUUGCAGUACCAAUGCCAUGGUAGAUGUGCUGUUUAAUUUGUGGUAACAUCAGGUGCUGGAGUGUAGAAUGUGGUGGUGGUAGAACAGCCCAUUGUUUCAGCAGUUGUUUAGGUAUUUUGGUGGUUUCACUUUAUAGGCCUGAAAUAGGCAUGAAGAGACCGAGGGCCUCAGGGUAUGUAUCAUGCAUGCAAAUUAAACAUUUACAAGCACUGAGUGACAAGUGGGCCCAGCGCACAGGUGUUUUUUUUUUUUGCUAGGAUGGGUUGCAUUCUGAUGUUUAGGAACCACAGGGUUCUUUGAUGUUGAACUGUAGCAUAGGCGUGCAGUUAUGCUCGUUGUCUGAAUUUUGGGGUUAGAUUCUUUUUUGGGUGGGGUAUAUCUAUUUUGCUAUCUGUAUGCACAUAAUUAUCAGUUUGUAGAUCCAGUUUUGAUCCCAAUCGGUGCGCAUGUAGUUUUGAGGUUAACAUAGAAGCAUACGAAACUAAUUAGCAAGAUCUUAUUCUAUACCUGGGAGGUUUUAUAUCCUGAUAAAUCACCGGAAUCCUGAAAUUACCAAAUGAACACUCUUUAUUUCAGAUUUAUUGUUUUUAUUUCCUUGCAUUUAAAGUUCAAACCUCUAGUUAAAAAUUUUUCUUUCUUGGUUCAAUUCAUCUUUCUGAUCUUUAGCCUAAGAGAAAAUGCGAGACCCAUGCAGCACGGUGGGACUUGUGGACACAGAAAGCCAAAUACAAUAGGAUAGAUAAGGUAAAGCUAGGACAGUGAACUUUUAUAUAUAGAUGGCCAAUAUGCAAAUAUGACACUUGUGAAGGUGAUUACAAUUUGCACCAUAGAAUUUCUUUGCUUUGUUCAACCUUCAGCUAACAUUAACAUAUUGUAUCCUUUUAACUGUUUGUAUAAUGUAAUAUCUUUAUUCUGUGGUUAACAUGUAACAAGAGUUGCAGCUUCAUGAAGUUCUUGUUUGUGUGGAUGGUUGCUGCUGAGGAAUGGUAGAAAACAAUAUUGCUGUAUGGUCUUCCUGAAACGUCAGUAGGGUAUCAUCGGGAAUCAUUAAAACCUUAGUGGACAGAGAUAAAUAUGUUCGUGCAUGUUUUUGUUUAGUGGCUUCCUUCCCCUUAUACAGUAUUGGACUAUUGCUAGACGCUGUCAUUCUUUUACAUGAUCCAUCUUUCUUUCCACAGAACAUAAGGUUGCAUUUCAAAAUGGUUUGCAUGCCGGGACAUUUUAAAAUGGCUUCUGUGCUGAAGCUUGUAAUGAUGGAAAAUCACACAGCACCAGAUGACGUGAUCCAUGAGAUGACUGCUGCACAGGUCCUGCAAAAGCAACUGUUUGAUGCACACGAACCAAAUUUACUAGAUGAAAACGAUAUGCAUAUAUUUGGAUCAAAACCUAUGGCUGAUCCUUUGGACCUGGUCUGCUGUAGUACUUGCAAGAAGCCAGUCAAGGCUAGCCAAUAUGCAGUUCAUACAGAGCUAUGUAGUUCAGGGAAGGUAAAUACCAAUGAUGCAAUGGGUGUUGAUCAUGCCAGUCCUACAAAGCCCCCAAAGAAGGGCAGAAAAAUAAAAGUGAUAAGUAAUGGAAAUCAAAAAGUACACAUAAAAGUGAAAGCAAAAUCUCAACCUGAAAGCAAGAACGGUGCCAAUACUUUCGAGUUGGACAAUGGGCAUGUCAGUAAAGUACAACCUAUAGAUUCCACAGGUAGGAAGACAUCGGUUCAUAAUGCAUCUGCUAUCAAUGUGCCUAAAAGUCACCUCAGAGAUGCACCAGUUCCUCUCGCAACAAAAAUGUAUCAUUCACAGGGCAACUACCGUCUUCGAUUGGAGCUUGGUGAGCUUUAUCGCGAAUCAUGUGUGGAGCAUUUGAGCAGCCAUACAACUCCAAACUUGUCACAGCAGAAUGGAUUAAUGGUUUCACAGUUUCCACCAUGUGGCAAUUCAGCAUUACUCGGUUCUCAGAAGAACCUUGUUCCUCAGACAAAGCUUCAUGCAAGCACAUCUGAACCAUGCUCAGGAAUUCCUCAGCAAUUAUCAGCAAGCAGGCCUAACCACUCACUAGUAACCAAAGCUGAGAGAGCAGAUACACAAGCAUCUACAGUUAGCAAUGAAGGUUCACGAUCCCGAUGCACCCAUUCGAGAAACAAAGGCAGCAAGAAGGCGCAGCAACAAUCUAAUGGACGUGUUCAUGUGAUAAGUCCUCAGUAGAAUAGCCCAUUGAUAGGUAAUUUAUUGGUCUAGUGGUAGUAUCACUGCUGAGCAGUCUUCUUUGUUCCUUUUCAAAUGAAAUUGGUUCUUAUCAGGAUGGUUUUAGAUUGAACGGUCCGGAUUCAGGAUCGUUUUGGCUCGUCGAUUCUUGGUACAAGAAGCUAACCAACUCUAGUUCUAGCACUGAUGAUGGAAUUACCUGUAAAUAUGGCCUCAAAGGCCUUCUCUUCUCCCUGCCUCCCUUGUUGCAGAAGAUUGUGAACCUGAUGAACAUUUGCAAUAUAGCCUUUAUCCUCUCA